UAGGCUGGGAGUUUGGUCGGAGCCGUCAGCGGGACGGGACAAGGCACAAGAAGGGGGGCAAACGAAGAACCGACCGACUAUUAACUUCUGCCUUCUCAGCGGCUGAAUGUUGGACAGUACAUUUGACGUAGACAGCUUUACGGAAAAUACCAUUUGUUGCAUUCAGAGGUCCGGGUCUGAGCGGCGCGGAUGACAAAGAAGCGUCCCCGUGCAAACUUUCUCAACCGGGUGUGAUCGCUGUUAAAACCCAACCGGGAAUUCUGUUUUUCUUUUUAUCGGAGGAGUAAAGAAGAGGACAUCAUGCCUAGGCGCACCGUGCAAGAAGUAACAGUGCAAGAUGUCCAGAAAAGGAGAAAUCCGAACAAACACUACGUUUACAUCAUCAAAGUGUCCUGGAGCGAUGGCAGUACAGAAAGCAUUUUCAGACGCUACAGCAAGUUCUUUGACCUCCAGAUGGAAUUGCUGGACAAAUUCCCGGUGGAAGGAGGCCAAAAAGACCCUAAGCGCAGGAUCAUUCCAUUCCUACCAGGGAAGAUCCUGUUUAGGAGGAGCCAUAUCAGAGAUGUGGCCAUGAAAAGGCUAAGGCCCAUCAACGAGUACUGCAGGGCCCUCAUUCAGCUUCCAGUGUACAUCUCCCAGUGCGAAGAGGUCAGAGUGUUCUUCGAAACUAGACCUGAAGAUAUCAACCCACCCAAGGAGGAACCCAUUAGCAAGAAGAAAUCAGGGAUUGUGGAGAGAGCGACUGCUUUCCUAAACCGAGGAGAUUCCUCCGCAGCAGACCCUCUCCUCCUCGACCAGUAUGUGGCAGUCACAGACUAUGAGAAGCAGGAGAGCUCUGAGGUCAGCCUGCAUGUGGGUCAGGUGGUCGAGGUCAUUGAAAAAAAUGAGUCUGGCUGGUGGUUUAUCAGCUCCGAUGAUGCCCAGGGCUGGGUCCCUGCUACUUGUCUUGAGGCUCAGGAUGACCCUGAUGACUUCACUAUUCCAGGGGAAGAAGUGCCCCGGAGAUUCUGGUCACUGCCGAGUCACAUGGGUCGUCGCAGGACAUUAGGGGAUCUAUUCGGCACUGGUUUUGGGCAAGAUGAGAAGUAUACAGUGAUUUACCAGUACUCGGCCAGGGACCAAGAUGAGAUCGACCUGGAGAGAGGCAUGAUUGUCGAGGUGAUUCAAAAGAACCUGGAGGGCUGGUGGAAGAUCAGGUAUCAGGGUCUUGAGGGCUGGGCCCCGGCCUCCUACCUGAAGAAGACCGACCUCCAGGGCCAGAAGCAGACAGCGGGCGCUGCUGCUCAUGCCAGCACCAAUGACUUAGAUGGGCUUUCUAAGCAGAACCAACAAAACAAUGCAGCCAAAGAGAACCAAGACAACAGCCAAAAAGAAAACAGACUGUCCUUUUUUUCUGAGAACAAGCUCAAAGUGGGAUUAAGACACCGACCUCCUCCACGCAGAGAUCUUACUAUUCCACGUGGUACAAACCUCCCCAAGCCACCGGUUGCUCCCCUGGUUGAGGAAGAGUUCUACACCAUAGCAGACUUCCAAACCACAAUCCCUGAUGGUAUAAGCUUCCAAGCUGGAAACAAAGUUGAGGUGAUAGAGAAGAAUAAUGGUGGUUGGUGGUACAUCCAGAUUGAUGACAAAGAGGGCUGGGCCCCUGCCACCUUUAUCGACAAGUACAAGAAGACCAGCAAUGCGGUGCGCCCUAACUUCCUUGCCCCUCUGCCCAAUGAGAUGGAGAAGCUGAGACUGGAAAAUGGUGGUUCUUCAAAUGUUUCAGGCACAGAUGACAGCUGGUCCAAGCCUUUACCAGAUGAGCCAACCACUGCCCCUGAUUCCUGUGCCCGGCCUAAGCUGAGAGAUUGGAAGGCCAGUGCCAGCAAGGUUCCCCCUACCCUUGCUGGGCUUUUACCUCCAGCCCCAUCAGCCCCUCCAGCUGAAGAGAAACCAGCUCUGCCUCCUCGAAGGGAGUCCAUUAAUAAGAGCUUUGAUUUGGAGGUAUCAGAGAAACCGAGGCCUGAUCUUUCCAAACCUUUGCCUCCAAAACCCCCAGCUCCUGGGGUCAUCAUGCCGCUGGUUCCACCCAAAGCAUCCCCCUUCAAACCGGACAAACCACCUGAGAACAAGAAAGAAGAUAAGAGCAAAGUACUUCACCUCCGGAAUGAGAUGGGUCUUGAAUGUGGACACAAGAUCUCUGCCAAGGAGGUGAAGAAGUUUAAUCUGAAACCCGUACCUAAGCAGCCGCCAAAACCCAAAGUAGAAGCACAGGAGGAGAAACCAGAUGCAGCCGGCCCCGCAGUGUUUAUGAAACCGAAGCCAUCGAUCCGACCUAAACCGGUUCCAGCUGCCAAGCCAGAUCCUCCGGCAGAAAACAAACUGGACAUCACUAACCUGAGAAGCAAACUGAGGCCUUCAAAACCUGCAGAUCCCAGCUCCGAGGCAAACUCUCAGAAUGGUGCCACAACAGCAGAAAAAAGUUCCCAUCCCUCUGCACCCCCUAGCUCUCCUCCCCAUCAUAUCCCUACUCUCAGCAAUGGUAAGCAUUGCGACGAGCCAAAACUCCCCCCAAAACACAUAAAUGGUCACAGUCUGGAGAUCUCCCCUCCUCCGGCAAAACCAGCAGUGCCUCCCCACAAGGAACCCCCACAGAGACCCCCCAAUAUGCUUCCAAGGAGACCUCCACCUCCAAAGAAGACAGACCCGUCAAGCCCGACCGAGUCCAAGCCUCCACCUGCUCUAAGAGAAAUCCAGGACUAUCCCAAAGGCCCCCCACCCAGCCUCAGCAGACCCCCUCCACCUAAACCAAAGGGGUUUAUGCCGCCACCUCCUAAUAAAGAUAAAGAAGGGCCCAAAUGUAAUAAAGUCCCGGUUCCUCCCAAGCCUCAGUUGAAGCCCGGCCCCCCCAAGGACAAGCUUCCACCGUUACUUAUGGAGCCCAGUAAGGAUGAGCUGUAUUUAGCGGUGGCAGACUUUGAAGGGGAUGACCAAACAUCCAGCUUCAAGGUGGGUACGGUGUUUGAAGUGAUGGAGAAAAACAGCAGCGGCUGGUGGUUCUGUAAGAAUGUAGGACAGGAAGUCGAGACCUGGAUCCCCUCGAACUACCUGAGCAAGAAACCUUAGUGCGAUGUGCUCUCAAAUCCAUGACCACAUGAUUAAACAAACAAACAAAAUAUCACUACUUUGUAGCUAAUAGGCAUUUUUUAUUUAUAGGUACCUUUUUUUUUUUUACAACUGUUUUAAGUGACAUUUGUUUCAUUUUGAUAAAAAAACAUUACUCAAACAGAACCAGCAAUAACACUUGACCUUGUUGUGUCCUAUGAUGUUUACGUUCUUUGGUUUUUAUCUCAAUUUUACAUGUAAGAAGUGUUUUGCUUUUGUUGCAGUAUUCUAGUCCCAGCCUGUGUCAGUGUUGCUUUUACUUAGGCGAGACUCUAGAAUAGGGAUCCUAACACAGAAAUAAAGCAGAUAAUGUAUCUUUACCCAUGCCUUCGAUGAUAUCGUGCCUCUAUAAUAUUAUAUGCAAAGUGCUUCAGUGCUUAUUAGACUGUAUGCAACUGUAGACAUAGUCCUUGUUGUUUGACAAAAAUAUCGAACUUUUACAUCACAGGAGAAAAUGCUAGGUGUUCAAAUCCAGCUGUAGACAAAAAAGAUCUAUGAGACAAAGAUUGCACAUGAACUCACUGGGGGAGUUCCACGACUACAUUUGGGCUUUUUAGUGCUAUCAGAAAUGACAAACAGACAUUGUUGCCGAGUAGAAUACUGUUUGUUAUACUAGAAAACAUGCAUAUAAGGUUUUCUGCUAAUGUAUUGCUUUAUUUUGUUGGCUGCAUAAUUGUGGUUGCAGUGACUUGUAACAGAUGUGCACUUUUUCCGUCAUUUCACACAAAACCAUUUUGAGGUUUGCACACGCUGAACGAAGGGGAGGAAUUCCACAGUGCAUUUUAUUUGACAUGUUAUUAGCUAUGUUUUUUUAUACUCACUGUAACACAUAUUCACCCAUGUAAAGAUGAGGCUAGAGCAAACAAACUAAAACGUUUCAAAGAAUCUCUGUGUGAACGUAUUUGACCACAAUCAUGUUAUAUUACACCCAAAAAAAAGAAGUGUGAAAUGGGACUUAAAGAGCACAUCUGCAAAUCUGUAUCAGAUGUCUGACUUAAGAAAUUGGUGACCUACAGUGAUUUGUGCAAUGAUUUACAAUAUUGUAAGUGUUAAGUCUUACUUUAACCGAAGUCUGGUGCUAAAAUAACAGCAAAGAAUGACCAUUGUAUAAAAAUAAUGUUUGACAUUAAUGCUUGACUGGUAUCAAGCAUGGUCAGUAUAGCUAAAUAUUUUUUAUUGUACAGAAAUGAAAGGCAUAUCUUAGCUGUUGUCACUUUUUCUUUGAUGGUCAUUCUGUCAUCUAUUUGACUCUGUACUGAGGAAGAGGAAGAAAGAGCCAAGAAGGAAUUGAGUUGUUGGAAUUAUGGGAUUUGCUAAUAAGAGGAGUUAUAAAGAGCAGUGUCGUUUUUGUUGAAAGUAACCUAAAGAAUUAUGUGAACUGGAUGCUCAUUUCUCACCAGGUUGUCGAGAAAUGAUUGUCUACAUACAUUGUGUUAGGUUUGCUAAAUAAAUAAGCAAAAUUGGAACAUAAAAAACAAGUUAAUCGUUUGCUAAACAAUCAGACAAGGCUACAAGCUGUAACACCGCUUUUAGUCGCUAUAAUGUUGUCACCUUACGUUCGUGUUUAAUACAGAAAAAUGCUGAAGGGACCCAGACAGAACAUUUUAUUCUCGGGGGUUAUUUCACGAGGACAAAAGGCAGGUACAGAACGGGGUAAGAAAUGUGUAUGGGUUGAUGGUGUCAUCAUUUCAGUAUUGUAAUCAUAUAUACUUUUUUUGCUAUGUACUUUUCAUUACAUAAAGUCUCAUGUUGCUUAAGUCAAUAAAAGUUUCAGAUUUUUCAAUC